AUGGCGGACUAUUCAGCUUAUAAAGAGACGUCGAAUCGUCACUUACGUUUCAAGCUCCAGAGUCUCGGCCGCCGUCUUGAUGAAUUAGAGGAAGCGACGAAAAACCUCCAGAAAGCUGAGGAUGAGUUGCUGGACUUGCAGGACAAAGUUAUCCAGGCAGAAGGCAGCAACUCGAGCAUGCUGGCCGAUGUGGAAGUUUUGCGCAAAAGAGUCUUGAAAAUUGAAGGGAAGGAUGAGGAGAUCAGGAAAGCUGAAGAGCUUUGCCAGCUGAUGAAGGAGAAACUGGAGGAGGAGGAAAGUCUCACUCGGGAGCUGAAAUCCGAAAUCGAGCGGCUUCAGAAGCGAAUGGCAGAGCUGGAGAAGCUGGAGGAAGCUUUUGGCAGAAGCAAGAAUGACUGUACUCAGCUCUGCCUCAGCCUCAACGAGGAGAAAAACUUGACGAAGAAAAUCUCGACGGAACUGGAAGUUCUUAGGGCAAAAGUAAAAGAACUUGAGCAAUCUGAAGACAGGCUGGAUAAAACUGAGCAGAGCUUAGUGAGUGAACUGGAAAAGCUUAAGUCGCUAGCUCUCACGUUCGUUAACGAAAAGAAACACUUCACUGAGAAGGAGAAGCAGAAUGAGAAAAUAAUACAAGAACUGACACAAAAGCUUGAGCAAAAUAAUAAACUGAACCGGGCAGAUCAAACGCGAAACACAUCUAACCUGCUAGAAAGAUCAUCCAAUAGUAUUCUGGACAGAAAUGACCUGAGGAUUGAAGUUGACUUGACAACUUCGGCGCUGUCCUCGAAGGAAACGAGGAGGAAAGGGAGUUUGGAAUACCUAAAGCUUGUGGAAAACGAAACUCGGAACAAAUCAGAAAAUCAGAAGAAUAAAAAUCAAGAAGACAACAAAGUGAAGGACCUCAACCAAGAAAUUGAGAAGCUAAAGACUCAAAUCAAACACUUUGAGUCUUUAGAAGAGGAGCUCAAAACCCUGAGAGCAAAGAAUAAUGACCUGCAUGACAGCUACUUGAGCGAGCAAAACAAAAACAAGCUCCUCAUAGGCCAACUUGAAGAAAUAAAAACGCAGAUGAAGAAGCAGAAAGAGCUGGAGAAUGGUGAGGCAGAAACAGAGGAAAUUAACUUACCUAGCCGACUGAAGCACGACAGACCCAAACACAGAGCUGUCACAGCGGAGUCAGCCAUUUCUAAGCAUAAGUCUCGGGAGCUUUCUCCUCAGCACAGGCGGGAGAGAAUACGCAACCGAGAAUUCUCGUUUAAUAGCGAGAGCCAAGGCAGCAAGAGGGUCACAAGCCCUAACCUGAAUAGCAGGAGAGCAGCCAAAGCAUCGAGCACAUCAGCGUUAUUGGACACCUUAGCAACCGAUGCUAAACGGACAGAAGACAAAUCCACGCUGGGCACGCACUUUUCCUCGCAGAAAGACAGUGGAAACCCACUGGCUGAGGUAAAGAAAUCUAGAGAGCAGCCAUCUGUGCUUAGUCGUUACCCACCUGCAGCACAGGAGCACAAGUCUUGGAAAGCCUCUUCGAAACCCAAGAACGAGAGUGCGUUGAGGAGCAAAGUCGAAAAAACCUCCCAAUCACCAAACGACGCUCAUCACUGUAAGUCUGACGAACUUGAAGAGAAGCUCAGCAAAACGGAAACCUCCAUAUCGCCUUCUGAAAAGGGAAUUAAGACGCAGGUUGCAGAACAACCUGCUCUUUCGACAGAGACUCGCAUCUCAAAAACUAACCGGGGGGCCUCCAAUGGAACUGCUUUGUCCUAUAGGAAUUAUCUCUCUACGGAGACGUUAGCUGCUGAACCUACCACCUCAAAGAUGGAAACCGCUUUGGUCUCAUCUCGCAGGCAGCACUUGGAAGAGAGCUGUCCGAAGGCAGUAAACUCCCAGGAAAGAGAACCUCCGCACGAAAUGGUAAAGCCCCCGCCUUUAGCAAAGUCCUGGCUCAUUUCAAGAAGUCAGGAAGAUCUCUUGCAGAGUCCCUCAGAUCCUCAGAAGGAAGAAAUGGAUCAGACCGCCGCCUCAGCCACAAACUCUAACAACGGGGGCCUAAAACCCACUUCUGCAAGGGCCAGAGCUAUCAACACCAACAGCCAUGAAAAAUUCAGCACGAAUGAAGAGACGAGUAAAAUGGCAACCGCUUCUGCUGCUGCUGACGUAGGGCUGAAAAGGGAACCUGCAUCUAGAGAGUUCGCAAGCUCCAAGAGGGGUAUUCGAACGUCUCCUUUUGAAAACGAUAAGAGUGCUAGCAGCGAGGAAGAGCUCAGCAGGUCCUCUAGGGCUUCUUCAGCCGCUGCCCUUACAGGGACGAAAUCGAGAAGGCAGUUCAGUCCCAGAGAAGCACUGAGGUCUAAAGCUGUCAUCAAGCCUGCGAUUGUGGAAAAGGACGUGAAGGAAAUCAUGGGUGGCACAGGGCCAGAAGCCAGCUCUGAAAAGCAGCAGCCUGUCUUUAAGACGGUGUCACACAAAAUGACCAGCAGCAUCACCAUUUACCCAUCUGAGCCUGUGACUCAAAGGACCAGCGCGAGCGAUGCCACAAAAGAACAGCAGCACAUAUCCGCCAGCAACAUCCGAGUGCUUCCGAACGAGCUUUCGCUGGGGACAAACGCGACCAGCACACCUUACGAGAUGCCGAUUAACAAGAGCAAUAUAACCCUGAAGUUAGCCGAGGCUGAGAAGAACGGGGACCCUGCUCCUAGGAGCAGGGUGGAAACGGUCGUCUCGAAAAGCAGCAUCACGAUAAAACCUUCCGAAUUUGGCGAGAAGAACAGCGAACCGCCUGUGGAGACAAUCAACUGGAAGAGCCACGGUGCUUCAGAGGCCAACUCACCUGACACCAGACACGUCACGGUGAGAAGCGCGUGGCGAACGCGGCGGGGCUUGCAAUCUUUGGAGGACUCUGCGACGAAGGCGGUUGAAAAUGCAACCCCUCGAAAUCCAUAUAGGUCAUCUACGGACCCCCACAAACCAGAAGGGACUAGUGCGCGCAUAUAUGCAAUUGAGCAGAAUUCCAGAAGGGCCAGCGCUGGUAUAAACUCUUGGAAUGCUCUGGAAUUAGACUCUAGAAGGACCAAAAGUAGCUUAACUGCAUCCGAGAUACUUGGCCAGAGGAGCUGCGUUAGUGAUCCUGCGACUGCUUCCCCUUGGAGCUGCACAGUAUUACCGGUAAGCGUGCUCCGAACUUUUACUUUAAAACUUUUGCAUUCCUAAAUCAAGACAGGUGGGGAAAUACCUUAAAAAAAAUAAUCAAGGGGAAGAUGAAACUUUUUUUGAGGGCAUGGGCUACACUUGCUAGGAAAGUCGGAAUCUGUCUCAGUCUUGGCCUCCCCACCUCCCUCGAUAUGUAAUAAUACAAUAAUAACAUUGGCAUAUUUUAUGUAUGUGUUUAUUUGUAUAAUAUAUUUGCCUUUUGCAGCUUCAUAGAAGGCCGCUUGCAGAGUUCUUUUUAAAUUAUAAAAACGGUCAAAUAGUAAAAUAUAAAAUACAGUGGUACCUCAGGUUAAGUACUUAAUUUGUUCCAGAGGUCUGUACUUAACCUGAAACUGUUUUUAACCUGAAGCACCACUUUAGCUAAUGGGGCCUGCCGCCGCGCCGCCGGAGCCCAAUUUCUGUUCUUAUCCUGAAGCAAAGUUCUUAACCUGAAGCACUAUUUCUGGGUUAGCGGAGUCUGUAACCUGAAGCGUAUGUAACCCGAGGUACCACUGUACAUGACCUUGGGCAGGGCUCCACAAAUGUUGACUUGGCUUAUGAGCCAGCUGUCAUUUGUGUUUGUCAUAAUUUUCCUUCCCUGCAUUAUUUGGCAUCGGGGAGACGGGGGCUUUUCUCAUUUCCGUGGGAUAUGGGAGAUGAAAGAAACAGAGGGAGUUGCUCCCACUGCUCGGAAGGGAGCCCUGUUGUUCCUUUCUUGCGCAAAAAAAAAAUCCAGUGGAAAGGAAACUUCUUGGGUUUGCCUGGUUCUCAAAAGACAACAAAGUGUGUGUAAGGCAAACCUGUUUGGCUACAGAAUUCUGUAAAUGGGUUGCCACGUCUGAAAAAGGCCCCCUGCCCUGUCACUACCCACCUUACCUCACCCCAAAUAGCAGAGUCACCCAGAUUCUAAUAAACACCAAAUAUGUAUUUAAGUACCAGCAACCCAUACCUCUUCAUUGGAUCAGGUGCUGUACUGACUUGUCCCCAUCCCUUAGCUAAGCACAGGCUUCCUCAACCUUGGCCCUCCCUAUGUUUUUGGCCUACAAGUCCCAUGAUCCCUAUCUAGCAGGACCAGUGGUCAGGGAUGAUGGGAAUGGUAGUCUCAAAACAUCUGGAGGGCAGAGUUUGAGGAAGCCUGGCUAAGCACAAACCCUGGAUGUCAUCAUCGAUGGCCAAGUGAGAGAGACUGUGGCUACAGUUUUAUACCAGUUUACCUGGGACUAAGCUUCAGUGAAUUCUUGUGGGAUUUUCUUCUGCAUAGACAUUUAUAGAAUUGUACUCUUAACAUGUCUGACCUGUUGGGGCAUGGUCCUUGGGGAACUUUCCAGCAUAAUCCAUGCUAAUUAGAGAGAGAGAGAGAGAGAGAGAUGGGUGCACUUUUAAAUAAUUCUUACUAUUUCACAGAGUUGUCAUAAAUUUCACCUUUAUUUGAUGAACUGAAAUGAGUUGUUUUCUUCAUCAUACAGUGAUUGUGCUCUGUGGAGGAGGUGGGGGAGGAGUUCUACUUAGAUUGUUUAUCUCAGGCACCAAAAUAUCCCAGGCCCUUCCUAUCCAGUCAGUUGCUUUAUAUUCUCUGUGUGCAGUUCAUUAGGGAUGGGGUGUCAGUGUAGCACCUAAUCUAGUGGAGAGAUUCUUGUCGAUAUUUAGAUAACUAAUUGGCGCUUGAGUUCUAGUGUUAGGAGGGAGCACAGUAAACUCUUCUCUGCCCACUUUCUCCACGGUAUGCAUAAUUUUUAUAAAAUUCUAUCAUGUCACCUCUUGCUCGACUUUCCUCUAAAUGAAGAAAGCAAACCCACCCAAAUGCAUAGGAGCAUAGAAUCCGAGAGUUGGAAGGGACCAAGUGGUCAUCUAGUCCAGCCCACUGCAAUGCAGGAAUCUCAGCUAAAGCAUCCUUGAGAAAUGGCCAUCCAACCUCUGUCUAAAAACGUCCAAGGAAGGAGAGUCCACCACCUCUCAUGGGAGUCUGUUCCACUGCCAAACAGCUCUUCCCGUCAGAUUUUUUUUUCCGAAUGUUUAGUCAAAAUCUCCUUUCUUGCAACCUGAAGCCAUUAGUUCGAGUCCUACCCUCCAUAGCAGGAGAAAACAAGCAUGCUCCCUCCUCCAUAUGGCAGUCCUUAAUAUAUUUGAAGAUGACUAUCAUAUCUCCUCUUGGUCUCCUCUUCUCCAGACUAAACAUACCCAGCUCCUUCAACCGUUCCUCAUAAGGCAUGGUUUCCAGACCCUUGAUCAUCUUGGUUGCCCUCCUUGGCACACAUUGCAGCUUGUCAACAUCCUUCUUAAACUGUGGUGCCCAGAACUGGACAUAGUCUUCCAGGUGUGGUCUUACCAAGACAGAAUAGAGUGGUACUCUUACUUCUUUUGAUCUGGACACUAUACUUCUGUUGAUGCAGCCCAGAAGUGUUGCUCCAUCCCUUGAUAAUUCUGGUUGCUCUUUCCUGAACCUUUUCCAACUCUAAAUAUAUCCUUUUUGAGACGAGGCGAUCAGAAUGGUAUUCAAAAUGUAGACUUUUAUGCAUAUAGGCUUUCUUGCUUCAGCCAGGUAGAGCCAAGGGGAGCCUUGCUUCAGUAGUGGUGGCAGUGCAGUCCCAAGGCCCUGUAAUCACAUGAUCUCCCAUCAUGUGACUAAUGUGUGAAGGGGGGCUUGUCUUAACCAGCCUAAAGUGUGCCUAGGUUUCACUGAAAUCAACGGGCCUUGGGGUUAUAAGUUCAAUUGAAGAAGAGAAGAAUGUAAAAAAAACACCCCACCACUGGGCACAGAAUAACGACCGGCUGUUUGUUGGGUGUUCACACAACACUAUGGGGGUGUGUUUGUGUGUGGAAUGGAGUUUCCUGGAAGAGGGCGUGACUGAACAGAAGCAUUCCAGACUGCAGCACUUCCCAUCCCAUCUGUUAAAAAUAAAUUAUGUAGGCAGUAUUUACAGUGCUAAUAGGGACCAUGUCAGUGAGAAAUGAAAUUUUAAACCCUUCUUACACUUUUGGCACCUUAAAUUUAGAAUGCAGCAAGGCAGGAAGCACUUAUUCCAUCCAAAUCAGCUCUGCUGCCUCUCUCUGCUCUUUUACACCUGCACUAUAAAUAUCCUGUGACUCUCCUAGGCAGUUCCUUCCAUUGCCCCAAUACUGUCACAGGUAGGAGAUAUAUAUCGUUUCUCAGACUUAAACACCUGCUGACAGUGGAAAUGAAAAACAACCACAGCGACACCGCAUAUAUAUGCAUGGACCAAAAAAAAAAAAAAAAAAAAAGUACACACAAAUAUAAGUUCAUUAAGGAUACACUGAUACACAAGUAAACGUAUUUCAAAAUCAUUGGCAAAUACAGUGUAACAAAAGUCUUAAUCGCCCGGCUUACAAGGGCGUUAUCUGCAGAUUAAUCAACAAUAGGAAAAUGGGUCUAACGACAGUGCAUUAUAUAGCUCGACAGGAAACUGAUCAAUCUCAGAACAACUUGAAGCAUGAACAUAAAGCGCGAUCAGCAUUGGCUACUGAAGGAUUUCAUUUACCGUAUUGGCCUGAAUAUAAGCCUCACUUUCCCCCCAAAUUCCGACACUGAAAAGUUAGUGCGGCUUCUUUCACAACCUUACGUGUAUUUUUUAUUUAUUUUUUCUCUCCCCCCUCCAAUUUUAAAGGUGCGGCUUAUAUUCAGGCCAAUACGGUAUUUCGUUUAUAGCUUUCCUUUCUUUCUGCCAAGGAUGCUUUCGUUGAGAUUCCUGCAUUGCAGGGAGUUGAACUAGAUGACCCUUAGGGUCCCUUACAAUGCCGUGAUUCUCUGAUCCAGGGGGGUCUUUCAUCCAGACGCAGCCCUGCUUAGCUUCAGCGAAGUUGCUGCAUCGUAUCCCUUCAAAGUCAUGCCCUGGGAUUUAUUUGUUGAGUUUUAUCACUUUUUAAGAAAUUUGUAUCUUAGGAGCUGCCAAAGGCACUGAGAUAUGCCAAACGUUUUUUGGGAAGAUCUUAAGAAACAGGGGAAUCUCUUGCUGACUCUCUUGUUAGGAUAUAUCCCUUUUCCCUUCACAGAGCUACAGUUUUCAGUGUGUUUUAACAGUCCCUCUUCCCAGGGAACUCUGGGAAUUGUAGCUCUAUGAGGGAGGGGAAUAGAGGUCUCCUAAGAACACGGGUGGCCCUGUGGGUUAAACCACAGAGCCUAGGGCUUGCCGAUCAGAAGGUCGGCGGUUCGAAUCCCCAUGAGGGGGUGAGCUCCCGUUGCUCAGUCCCUGCUCCUGCCAACCUAGCAGUUCAAAAGCACAUCAAAGUGCAAGUAGAUAAAUAGGUACCGCUCCGGUGGGAAGGUAAACGCCGUUUCCAUGCACUGCUCUGGUUUGCCAGAAGUGGCUUAGUCAUGCUGCCCACAUGACCCGGAAGCUGUACACCGGCUCCCUUGGCCAAUAAAGCGAGAUGAGCGCCACAACUCCAGAGUCGGACACAACUGGACCUAAUGGUCAGGGGUCCCUUUACCUUUUAAGAACUCCCGCCGUCCUAAACAAACUACAGCUCUCAAGAUGCUUUGGUGGAAAUCAUGACCGUUUAAAGUACUGUCACAGUAGUGCAGAGUACUAAGACCAGGCAGCUUGACAAAUUACAUUCCAGUGAAAUAGUUUGAUUGUAACCAAAAUGCCGCAUAGUUCCACUCACUUCUGUGCCAUUUCCCUAAACAAAAGCUUUUAAUAGAGGAGCCAUAGCUCAGUGGUAGAACACGCGCUUUGCAUACAGAAGGUCCCGGGUUCAGUCCCCAGCAUCUCCAGGUACUGCUGAGAUUGUCCGCUUCCCCUAAAAACCUGGGGAUACUGGCCUAACUCUGUAUCAGGUAGCUACCUGUGUUCCUAAGUGACGAUCUCUUGUUUCGCAGCUGUCUCUUGAACACAUGGAAGAUGAGAAUCAAAUCCUGUUGCUUUUGUCCACCCCUGUGUGUGUGUGUGUGUGCAGGAAAAAUUGGAAAUGGGAAAGCCCUGACAUUAGGGAGGGUCUUCCCUUUCUGGUGAUAGCCAUUUGUUCGAAUAAUAUAAUCAGCGAAACAUUCAUAACACGGAGAUGAUUUCGGGUAGAGGGAAGACUUAGCAGACCUCAAGUGCACAGCCUUCUGAAUGCUCGAGGAAGCAGAAGGCAACAAUUAAAAGUGCGUGCGUGCAUGCACUUUUUGUUUUAAAGGACAUGUGAUUCUGAGGGACUCAUACGGAAUGAUUUUUGAACGUUUCUGGGUUUGGCUACUGCCCCUACUUGAAUCAUACCAGCUUGAAAUUAAAGCACGGCCUUGUGCUUUAGUUCCCUCUGCUGGUGGUAGCCUGCAAGUUGCAGUAUUAUUAUUAUUUUUAAACGCACACCCCAACAAAGUCCCAUUUGGAUUACUGCAGUGCGCUCUACGUGGGGCUGCCUUUGAAGGUGAUUUGGAAACUACAACCAAUCCAGAAUGUGGCUGCUAGACUGGCGACUGGGAGUGGCUGCUGGAACCACAUAACACCGGUCCUAAAAGAUCUACAUUGGCUCCCAGUACGUUUCCGAGCACAAUUCAAAGUGUCGAUGUUGACCUUUAAAGCCCUAAAUGGCUUUGGCCCAGUAUACCUGAAGGUGCAUCUCUACCUCCAUCAUUCAGCCUGGACACCGAGGUCUAGCUCUGAGGGCCUUCUGGCAGUUCCGUCUUUUGUGAGAAGUGAAAUUGCAGGGAAAUUGUGGUUGUUUUUACCCGCCCUGCGGAAUGCCUCCUGGCAGAUGUCAAAGUGCAGUCCCCUCCUGAGAACAAGAUUGCUGCCCCUUUUGAACUUAUGGGGGCAGCCACCUUUCCCCCUCAAUACAAGGCCCCUAAAAGGUACUGUACAUAUUUUUCUCCUUACAGUACCCUAGGAGGGGGCCUGCCCAAUAUGAUGUGCGGUUGCUUGGUAAAGGUAAAGGGACCCUUGACCAUUAGGUCCAGUCGUAGUCGACUCUGGGGUUGCAGCGCUCAUCUUGCUUUAUUGGCCGAGGGAGCCGGCGUACAGCUUCUGGCUCAUGUGGCCAGCAUGACUAAGCCGCUUCUGGCAAACCAGAGCAGCACACGGAAACGCCGUUUACCUUCCCGCCAGAGCAGUACCUAUUUAUCUACUUGCACUUUGAUGUGCUUUUGAACUGCUAGGUUGGCAGGAGCAGGGACCGAGCAACGGGAGCUCACCCCGUCGCGGGGAUUCGAACCACCGACCUUUUGAUCGGCAAGUCCUAGGCUCUGUGUUUUAACCCACAGCGCCACCCCCGUCCCUAGGUUGCUUCCUAGAGCAUUUUAAAAGGCAUUUUCUGCAUGUGGUGCUGUGCUUCACUUACUAGGUGCUCCAAGGAAGCUGAAGAUGAUUUUUUAAAAAGAAAGGGAGGGAGGGAAAGAUUGGACCACCUCAUAAAUUGUAAGUUGUCAGACUGUUAUGCCCAGAGCGGUUCAUUGGUACGCUGGUUGGAUUAGCACCUGAGAGACUAGGGUUCAAAUCCCCACCUGGCCAUGAAACUGGCUGGGUGAUUUGGGGCCAGGCACUGCCUCCCAACCCAACCUACCUCACAGGGUUGUUGUUGAUUAAAUGAGGUGAGGGGAUAAACAAGUUUGCCACCUUGAGCUCCUUGGAGAAAAAGGUAGGAUAUACAUGCAACAACAACAACAACCACCGUUAUUAUUAUGUUUGGAUCUACCUAUUUGCUGGCCCAGGAAGUGCAGCUUGACUCUGUGAGUGCUGCAGCAGUUCUUAACUCCAUGUCUCAACAUUGUGUUUGCGGAGAUAGGCAUUUCUAAAUCCACUGGAAGGCAAUGAGAGGAGGUGCCUUGCUGGCCGCAGCUGCCCUUCUUUGUUUCUUUUUCUUUUUAAGGCAUUUUAGUAAUUUUUCAUCCAAGAUCAGCAAAAGAUCAGUAAAGUAAAAUUGAACAAAUGCAGAUCUCAUAUCAUUCUCUCCCCCCCCCCCCCGGUGAAUUAAGAUACAUGGCAGGUGGGGGCUAAAAGCUAGUGUGCCAAAUACAGAACAAGAAAAAUGGUGAACCAGUCAUGCAAAUGCACAGAGUCUCUCGCAAAGCCAGCAUCCAGAGCAGAGGGCUUCAGACUUUUGGAGGUGGAAUUAAUAAAAGUCAGAAAUGGAAACCGCACAUUUUCCAACGUGUCUGGUUUAGCUUGGCCUUUGGCCAGUCUCAAAUUAUGAGUAAGUUUCUCCAUCAAAGCCAGACAUCAAAUAUGCCUGGUACCAGUUUUCGGUGGAGGGGGCUGAGGAUGUUUCUCACUUUCCCACUAUUGAUAUCCUAGCUGCAACGAGAAGAAAGGAAAUGAGAGAGCCCUGUGGCUGACCAAAAGGGAAAGCAGGGCUGGAGAGGGAGACUUGGGGACUGUGUGGCUUGUGUUUUUAGAAAGCUCACAGCCAAGCCAUGGAGUCAGGCUUUGGGGAGGGAAAACUCGCCCUGGGGGAAGUGAGAGGGCUGGGCUCGAUGGCUUUAUCCAGUCUCUCUGUCUGGAAGCAACUCCUGCGGGGCUCCAUCGUAUUAAAGCACCCAACCUUUUUCCCGGUUCUGGUACAGGAGGAAAACAAAGAUUUUGUUCCCAGUUCCAGAAGAAAACCGUUUGGCUCCUCUGAGCAGCUUGCCCGGGCUGACACACCGAGGAAGAGGCCAGACGCCAGGCUGGAGACGACACGCCAGCUGUCGGACAGCAAGGCUGAGGAGCGGAGGCGUUGGACCAAAGGCUGCUCAGAAGACAACUGAGCCUGUUGAUGUUGAGGUAUGUUCGUGUUGUUUUAAACAAGAGGUCCUUGUUCCCACUUUGUCCUCUUAUGGGUAGUGCCUGACUGUGUCAUCUCAGCCAUGUGCUUAAGUUGGACGGGGCAGCAUGCAAACCACUUGCUUGAAAGCAUCUGAUCAAAGUCUCCCUGCAUGUGCAAAAAUGUCACAGGCUUUCCAUGAAUGGUGAUGAUAAUGAAUGAUAAUGUAUUGCUCCGUGUAUGGCUUCAUGCCGUGCGAUCUCAAGGUGGUUUGUGUAGGACAGAAGUCGUAUAAAAAUGGAUUCCAUUUCAGGAAACCAUGAACAAACUGACCACAACUUCAAAUAACUGAAAACCUCCAACCACCCGCACAAACAUUAGCAUGAUCACCAUCAAAACAGCUAAUAACAAAAACUAGCAAACCACCUAGAGGUAAAUCUUGACCUACCACUGAAAAGAAUUGCAAGGUUGAUGCAAGGCAGGCCUCCUGGGGAGAGCAAUCCACAGUCGGAGGGGCCACUCCUGGCAAGUCCCUCUUUCUUGGCAGCCUUCUGUACUUCUCCUGGAGUAGACAUGAAGAGGAAGGCUCAGAUAAUUACGUAAGGGUCCGAGAGGUGGAUGCAUACUGGGAGAAAUGUUCCCUAAGAUAUUGGGAUCCCAAUCUUUAAAAAGGCUUUGUAAUUUAGAACUGGAACUUUGAAUUGGGCCUGCAAAUGUAUGCAGUCUGUCUAUGCAUUACAUUUACUGGGAGUAAAAAAAAGGGGGAGGAGAUAAAGGACCCCUAGACGGUUAAGUCCAGUCAAAGGCAACUAUGGGGUUGCAGCGCUCAUCUUGCUUUCAGGCCAAGGGAGCCGGUGUUUGUCCACAGACAGCUUUUCGGGUCAUGUGGCCAGCAUGACUAAACCGCUUCUGGCGCAAUGGAACACCAUGAUGGAAACCAGAGUGCACGGAAACACCGUAUACCUUAUCCACCUAUUUAUCUACUUGCACUGGCGUGCUUUCAAACUGCUAGGUUGGCAGGAGUUGAGACAGAGCAAUGGGAGCUCACCCCAUCGCGGGGAUUCGAACCGCUGACCUUCUGAUCGGCAAGCCCAAGAGGCUCAGUGGUUUAGACCACAGCGCCACCUGCGACCCAUAUUUACUGGGAGUCACAAGUGUGGAGAGAGUGCUGUUGUGUUCAGGUCCUGCUUCCAGGCUUCCCUUCUGGUUGGCCAUUGUGAAAACGACGCUAGAUGGACUAGAUGGGGAUUUGAUCUGACCCUGCAGUACUCUCCUUCCCACCCCCGUAGGUGUGACUGCACAGACCAGGAAGAGCAAAGCAGAAGUGAUCUGCGAAAAAGAAUGAUUGUCUGUGAUCCCAUGGCUUAAUGUGGUGACUUUUUUCUUCUUCUCUCUCUUCCUAGGGUCUUUCCCCCUCCAGUUGCAUGACCUCCAGAAGCUGA